GCGAUUUUCACUUCGACCGUAGCUGACUCGCAGUUGUGCACGUUAGGUAGUUGUGCUAUGUCGAACCACGCGAUUUUGAUACUCUCUAGAAGCCGCUCGCUUUCGGAAUGACACCGGUUGUGCACGAGGAUAACGAGUUAAAGAAAUUGCUCAACAAUCCUGCAAAAAAUGCUAACGAGGAUGGUUCUAUGGCACCGCCGUUGUCGACCAAUGUGCCGAGGCCGAGCACAUCGCAAAAUAUUAACCCGCAAUCGAUGAUGAGCCCGAUAGCACCGGUAAUUCACAACACGAACGAAGUUCUAGAACCGUGUCUACAAAAUGUUGUAUCCACAGUCAACUUGCAGACAGAGCUGAAGCUCAUGUAUAUAAAUGUAAGGACAAGAAACUCUGAAUAUAAUCCGGCUAGAUUUACUGGAUUAGUCAUGAGAAUACAGAACCCUAGAGCGACCGCAUUAAUCUUCAGAUCUGGCAAAUUAGUGUGCACUGGUGCAAGAAACGAAGAGGAAUCGUUGCUAGCGACAAAAAAGUUUGCUAGAAUAAUUCAGAAGCUUGGCUUUCCUGUGAAGUUUACUUCUUUUACAAUACAGAACAUUGUUGCAACGUGCGACUUGAAGUUUCCUAUUAAAUUGGAAUCUCUAAAUCAAAAACAUGGUCAGUUUUCUAGUUAUGAACCAGAAUUGUAUCCAGGUUUGACAUACAGAAUGUUGAAACCCAGAGUAGUAUUAUUGAUAUUUGUAAACGGCAAAGUUGUGAUAACAGGAGCAAAAAAACGGAAAGACUUACAUGAAGCAUUAUUUUAUAUAUAUCCGAUAUUGAAAAGUUUUAGAAAGCAGUAGUUAUCAUUUACUCACGAACAAAACAUGUUUUAUUAGAAUAAAACAUGAUAUAACGCAAAAAUUACUGAUAAGUAAAAGAGAGAGAGAGAGAACUACAUUUCCAGUUACGUGAUCAUCCUAGAUAUAUAUAUUCGCAUAAAAUGAACCAGGUUAGCGUUUUAUACAUUUAUACAUUUUUUGUAUGAAUAUGACAGGGAAAUAUUAUUAUAUCUUAAUAUCUUAUUUAUUAAGCUUAUAAUUUGUUCCUUACAUAGGUUAAAUAAUGUUAUUUAAUCAGUUAAGAAAUGCUUUUACUAGUAUAUUAGAGCUGUAAAUUGUACAAAACUAUAAUAAAUCUUUACACAUUUCAAAUAAAUAUACGGUUAAAAUGAAA